AUGGUUUUAUGCAAGAAAAUCUCGUUGAAAAGCUGUAAUCUAAUGAACUAUUUCCUGUAUUCGCUUAUUGUCUCGACGAUCUUCACUUUGCGCGGAUUGUGUUCCGUUUUCGAAGUCUAUCGUGAUGUUCCACUCAACUCUUCGAGAAGCAGCGUGCCACUUUUAUUGGUUGGUUGUGUCGGAAUGUUAAUAUCAAUCUCUCAAUUACAAAUCCCCCCUGAAAAGGCUCAAAUUUCUUUGGACUUUUCUUGGUAUUUCUGGAAUCUUGCCGCAAUUCUCAUCUCUUUCUCUACAGCCACUGAUGCAUACGAACAGAUCAUCUCAAAUCUCUCUCCAAUCUCGCCAACUCCAUCAUCGUUCCCCUUCCGAAAUCGUUGGUUGCCCAUCCUCCGAUUCUUCGACCUUCUUCAAUUUGCACAUGCUCCAGUUUCUUUUUUCUUACUACUUCACUUCAUCGCCAGACGGUCUCGACGACGAAGAGGAAGAAACGUUUUGGGACGAAGACGAAGAAAUGAUGGCAAUUCACGAGAAAUCACAGAGAGCUCGAGGGCCAAUUUGGUGUACGCAAAGCUCGAAAACGUUGCUCCACUUUCACAUCCAUCUCAUUUGAUCCAAGCCGAUGAAGUCAUUUAUUAUGUU